AAGGCGAAAAGUGUGCCCAACAAACAUCUCCAUGCAAGGAUCGCCUUUUUGCACCAAGCAGCAACUCAUCUCGCCCUGCAUCGACCCCCGAUAGCACGCUCUGGGUCAACCGACGCCAACGUCGGGCUGCAACAGCAUGGGCUACCUCUUCUGCUCGCUGCACAGCUCAAGGCUGUCUCGCUGAAGGCUCAGAUACGCCUCUCUCAUGAUGUGAAGCGUUCCAUCUGUAAGGUUUGCAGCACUCCCCUAAUGCCAGACACGACUUCAGAGACGCGUAUCGAGAACAUGAGCAGAGCCUCCAAGAAACCGCAUGCCGAUCUUCUUGUCAUUCGUUGCCGGAACUGCCAAACUGAAAAGAGCUUCCCUAUCGGUGCGACGCGUCAGAAGAAAAAGGCCGAACGCAAA